AUGUGCUGGCCGCCGGCCUUAGGUCGGGCAUUUCGGGAGGCUCAGCCUGAUGUCCCCCUGCACCCUCAGGUGUGGUUCCAGAACCGCCGAACCAAGUGGCGUAAGAGGCACGCGGCGGAGAUGGCGUCGGCCAAGAAGAAGCAGGACUCAGAUGCCGAGAAGCUGAAGGUGGGCGGCUCCGACGUGGAGGACGACGACGAGUACAACCGGCCCCUGGACCCCAACUCGGACGACGAGAAGAUCACACGGCUGCUCAAGAAGCACAAACCUUCGAACUUAGCGCUGGUCAGCCCGUGCGGCGGCGCGGGGGACGCCUUGUGAGGUCUUGCGAGGCCGGAGUGCCAGGGUGGGGCGCAGCCGGCCCUCCCCGCCUCCAGCCGGCGUUGUAUAUAUAUUUUUACAGAAUAAGUUAUAAAGCUGCCGGCUCGGGCUCGGCGGAAUCACUUUGUAUCAUCAAUAAAUUAUUUAACACGGCCCCGUCGGAGCCGCGGCUCCGGCUGCACCGCGUGUUUCUUCCCGUCCUGUCUC